UCCAGCGCCCCAAGUGAGUUGAAGAGGGGGAAUCCGGAAUCCAGCCUGGGGCCUGGGCGGGGCGGAGCCGCGCCGCCCGGGAGCAGGAAUCGCCACUGAGACCCGGGACCUGCAGGGGCGGGGAGUCAUGGGCACCAGGGAUUAGCGCGUCGGGAGGCAUCUCCCAUAAUGCACUGGGGCACCGGCGACUCACCCGGAAGGAGAAGCCGUGAUUCUGGCUAUAUGGUGGGGCGCGGGCGGUGUCGCUGUGGGGAGCUGGUGCUGCUCUCAGAUGUUUUCUUCCAAUGGGCUUUUGGUGUAGGAUGUCGGAGAACCAAGAACAGGAGGAGGUGAUCACGGUGCGUGUUCAGGACCCCCGAGUGCAGAAUGAGGGCUCCUGGAAUUCUUAUGUGGAUUAUAAAAUAUUCCUCCAUACCAACAGCAAGGCCUUUACUGCCAAGACUUCCUGUGUUCGGCGUCGCUACCGUGAGUUCGUGUGGCUGAGAAAGCAGCUACAGAGGAAUGCUGGUUUGGUGCCUGUACCUGAACUUCCUGGAAAGUCAACCUUCUUUGGCAGUUCAGAUGAGUUCAUUGAGAAGCGACGACAAGGUUUGCAGCACUUCCUCGAAAAGGUCCUGCAGAGCGUGGUUCUCCUGUCAGACAGCCAGUUGCACCUCUUCUUGCAAAGCCAGCUCUCGGUGCCCGAGAUAGAGGCCUGUGUCCAGGGCCGGAGCUCCAUGAGUGUUUCUGAUGCCAUUCUUCACUAUGCUAUGUCAAACUGUGGCUGGGCCCAGGAAGAGAGGCAGAGCUCUUCUCAUCUGGCUAAAGGAGACCAGCCUAAGAGUUGCUGCUUUCUUCCAAGAUCCAGUAGGAGGAGCUCUCCCUCGCCACCACCCAGUGAAGAAAAGGACCAUUUAGAAGUGUGGGCUCCAGUUGUUGACUCUGAGGUUCCUUCCUUGGAAAGUCCUACUCUCCCAACCCUCUCCUUACCAUCAUGCUAUGAUUUUGCAAGACCCGAUGAGGGAAGCUCCACUCCUCCGUCUGUGAGGAGGGCCACAGGAGGGGACCAUGCUGUGCCUUUGGACCCUGGUCAGUUAGAAACAGUUUUGGAGAAGUGAGCUCUGGUCUGAGCUCUGGGUUCUGCUCCAAGGCAGACAGAGAAGAAGCAGGCCAGGAGACUUACUCAGGUGGGACUGGGCACAGGACAGGUGUAGGGGGAGGCCGGGCUGUUUAGUGUCUUACAGUCGCCUCUGCUCACAGAGGCUGCACAGAGGUCGAUCAUGAUAGCCCCUCGUGCCUCCUCCAUAAGAAUAAACACUGUGCAGAUGUUUGUAAGUUAAGCAUAAUGCCCAGGGGCUGUUGAUUUUGAACAGAAACCCAUAUUUACUCUCCUGGGAACUGAAUUUCUUCAUAUGAUUUUUUUAUAGGCCCAGGAGCACCUCCUCAGGUGACUGGUUUUGGGGACCUGUAAGUGGCAGAUUCUAAGCUGCUGUAUUGAAUAUUGUCCCAACAGGAAUGUUUAUGUAUUUGUAUUCCCAUUUUGCCUGGCUUCUGUUUUUACUGUACCCCCGAAGCACUUUGUUUCUGGGAGGCUGGCCUCUUGCCUACCUCCUUGCAUGGACAGGGCAGUGAAUAUUUACUCUCCCACCUCCUUGCUUUUUCCUCCACUAAUACCACUGAAUGGAACUGGUGCUGUGACUUCUGCCACUGGGGUUUCUGGCCUGUCCCAAGACCUCAGCCUGGCUGAGUGGGGCCUGAGACCCAUGUAACAGCUCAUGGCCAUCCAUGAGAAAGGAGUGAUUGGCCACAGCCCAAGGGAGAGGCAACAGCCUUUGUUUUGGAAAGGCUGUCCGGGCGGACACAGUCUCUUCUAGUUAUAAAGCAGAGACAUGGCUAUCUUUUCUGCAGGCUUAGAGUGGGCUCCUUUCUUUUUUGAAUCCUUUUCUUCUCUUUUAGUAACAGCUCCCUGCCCUCAAGGCUUCAGCCGCCAGUGUCCCUGGGCCGUGUUUCAGGGAGGCCGUAUGUUCAGUCCAGUGAGGCUCAAGGGCUUUGUUUCUGCCUAGAAAAGAGGGCUCUGGGGAUGGAGAUGAGGAACAACAUGCCCUCCUUCAGACAAUGAGGCAUUCUGCCCUCCUGCUGUCAUUAUUCCUCUCCACUGAGAGCCAGAGCUGGUAGGAGCUGAGUGCUGCGGGCAUUCUGUAUUACUCUGCUCUUAGGAUUGUGUGUGUGGUUCUUCUCUCACCCACUCCACCCUCCUAUGGCCAUCCCACCCUGUCUGUGGGCUCUUUUACUACCAGCCUAUGCUGUGGGACUGUCAUGGCAUUUAGUUCAGAGUUGAGGGGCUUUGGCCUGAAAUAAAAUGCAAGUAUUUAAGA